AUGGCGAGGUGGUUCGCCUUUAUCACACCUAGUGAUGGUAACCUGCCAGAUUUCGAGGCAUUUCAAAAAACUGAAUUGCAUUUCAGAGUGGAUCGCAAUAUAUUGUUCCAGGCCAUUGAAGACUUGAAGAACCCAACAAUCAUGGAUUUGAUCACCGGAACGGACAUCAUGAUCAAGAAAUCCGACAUUCCCGCACCACAAUGCCAACAAAAAAAUAUCGAGAGGUAUUAUCGAUGGCUUCAUGUAAUGAACCUCAUCAUUCUCAAUUACCCGGAACAUUUUGAAGGUGAUCCUGAACCCCAUACUGCCGACUACGAAAUUCACACUGCUGAAAAUUCGAAUCGCGCGCUGGCUGUCUUGCGGGCUUUCAAUAAGAAGGACGUUUCGAAAGUGAAGUCUCAGUUGGGUGUAAAACCAUUAUUCCAUACCCCAAGAAUAUCCAAGGUGAUGCCAUAUCACACCACAAAGUCAUCCGAUGACUCACUCGCUUGUGUAAGAAGUCAAUUUCAUCACCAGAAGCAAUCAGCAUACAGGACUCGCAAAAUUGUCGACUGUCCAGAUGGUGAUGACUUCGACGACGAGGAAUCCGUCAAGACAAUUUUAUCAUUUGCCAAGGAAUGGAACGGCAAUGGCAUAUUAACUGAUGUUCAAAGGGAUGCCACCAGUCGCCCACUCGUAUCCGAAAAGAAUCUGGAAAUAUUUUUCGAGGAGGUUCAAAACGAACUCGAGCCUCUCAUUGAGCCAAGUUUCGAUGAGAUUAUUGAUGCAGCCCAAAAAAUCCAAGCUGAAUGGGUGGCUACGAACAUAUACCCUGAACAAACAUUCCAGAAUGAGUACACGAAAAUACUCGACAGGAUGUCCGCUGCAUCCGCCAUCACCCCACCUUUUCUUGAUUGUUCCGUAUGUCUUGGAUAUGAAGAUUAUGGAAAGCUUCAGAUUGAGAACAGUACCCUCAUACCUUUCUCACAUCAAAUCAUGGAUGUGACAUGGAUGAUCAGAAUGGAAGAAUCUCCCUACCACGGAGGAAUCCUCGCUGGAGAUCCGGGAAUUGGCAAAACAAUCACCAUGUUAUUGCUCAUCUAUUUUCAGUGGAAGAUAAACAAGAACAAGCAAGGCUUUCAGCAUCUACCAACCCUCAUUCUCGCACCAAGCGCCCUCACUGGGGUUUGGUUUGAUGAUUUCGUUAAAUUCUUCAAAAACAUCUUGGUCUGUAAACUUUUCCUUCCCGAUACACAGAUAUACGGUGCCGAUCGUGAUGAAGCAAGUAUCGGAAAGACUGCAAAAGACCUAGACGAUUACUUGGGUUCAUUGGAUACUUCUGAUCCAGAUACCUUAAAGAUCUUUAUUAUAUCGUCUUAUACAUGCUUUCCCGAAAGGGUAUUUCGUAACGAUGGUGGUGAUGGAAGAAUAUUACUCAGGAAUAAGGACAAAUUCGCACGAUUUAUCGGAGACGAAUUUCAUGCCCUUGAGAAUUUCGGUACCGUCAUUUCGAAAUGUGUUUCCGGCUUCAAGUUUAAAUCUAUUCUGGGCGCCACCAGAACACCCAUCUUGAACAAGGUCGAUGAUAUUUAUGGAUACCUCUUCCUCUUUGCUAGAUGCCGGGCCUUCUUUUCGACUCAAAAUCUUCCUAAAAAGGAUGACAUGUCUAGUCUAUUCCAGAUCUACGACGGGCACGAUGAAUCUUACUUGAACUAUCUCAUAGAUCAAAGUCCGGAAAACAUCAAAAGAUUCAAAGAUGCAAACGCACUAGGGUAUCCAUUGCAAAUGUUGUGUCCUCAAGCAUUUCGCUUGGUUGGAUGGAGAACCAAAUGGAACAUUGAAGCAUGCAGAAUGGUUUUGCCACCUAUCCUGAUUGAAAUCCAACUGCGCAGAUUCAUGGGAAAGAGGAUCGAGCUCUCAGAAGGAGAGUUUGUUACACCAGGUGGAAGCGUACCUCCCUAUAAGAUGCUCACGGUCCAUCUAAAAAUGCCUCAGGACGUUUCCGACAAAUACAAGAGAAUGACUCGCAACUGGAAAGAUCAAAUCGGAGAUGGAGAUGCGCUCGAUGAUGAGAUCGAAGACGAUGUACAAUCCCAUAACAUGAACAUCCAAGCAAACCGAGGUCUUAUGCACGCCUCUUUUGACCCCUCAUUAACAUCCUUAACUGUGACAGUAAGAGAGGGAUUAAAAUCCGGUGGUUCAAAAGAGGUGAACUCUUGGAGAUCUCUUGAUAAAGAUCAUGGCGCCACAUUCAAAUUCCUAAAGUCCAGAUCUGCAUCAGAACAGAAGUAUCCACCAUACUCCGAAAGGCUGCAAAUGUCGACAACCCUGAUGGAGGGAGAAAGAGCAGUCAUCUUCUUUCAUUGGCCCAUGCCCCAAUGGGCAUGUGAAACAUUAUUGAAGCUUUUACAGUUUGAGAUCCUAUCUCUUUGUGCAUGGCACACAACUGCAGAGAGAGAGGAGAUCAUACGAAAAUUCAAUGAUGUCAACUAUGAAUGCGAUGCUCUUUUAAUCACUUUUCCAAUAGGUGCACAAGGUUUUAACAUUCAAGACAGAGCUAGGUACAUGAUAAUGGGGGAGUACGCCCACUCGAUGGAAGUUUUCAUAAAAGCAGGCGGGAGAAUUAUCCGGAUUGGCGCUCGUCGAGCGGCGUUAAUUUUGAUACUACACACUGUAGGCACACAUGGCGAUGCGUUACGCUUGAACUUGCUCAAGAAGCUUGCUUCACGAAUCAUUGCAGAAUCAGACUUCGACACGAACGAUGAGCGUGCAAUCAGACGCGAAGCUAUGCGCAUGGCAAGGAUGCUGUUAGGAGUGAGUGGAGUCGUCGUACCAAAGGAACUCGAAAAUUUCGAGGAAAUGUACCAAAAAUCAUUUGGUGAUUCUGGACCUCAUCUUCCAGAUCAUUACAAUGUUCAGGGUUUGAAUUCUGCUGACGGGGUCGAAAGUGAUGAGGAUGACGCUGAGGAAAAUGAUAGCGAGGAUGAAGAAGAUGAUAGCAUCAAGAGUGAGAGGUCAGAUAGCAUGGAGUUAGAGCAUUACGACAUGGCCAACCAAUUUGGAGUUCGUCAUUGA